AUGACCUACCAAACCAUUCUGGAUCUGCUCUUUAAAUCGCAUCACUUUGUCCCCAACUACUUAUGUGGCAUUCAGAAAAAUGUAGUAGGAGUCAUUGGGGGACUUAGCUCUGACACCUCCUCAUCCAUGGCAGAUGUCUUAGGUCUUUACAAGAUUCCACAGACCUACAACAUACAUACUCUUCCAGAGAUCUUCUGGAGUUCCCAGAAUACCUUUUCAGGAGAGUUCUUAAUAGAUGGAGUAUCAACUUCUCUCUACCAUCACUAUAAGGAUUAUAGAACAAAAGAUCAGGAUCAGUGGUUUCUGUUGCUCCAGCUCCACAUUGGAGUUUUGUUGAAUCUGCUCUUAGUGCAGAAAGCAGUAACAACCAGCAAUAAUAAAUGCGCCAAAUACUUGGAGACAAUUUCAUAUGGUUCAUUUCAAAGAGCCGUGGAUAAUCAAAUCAAAUUAUCUUCCUUUUACCGCAUGGUCCCCAAUGAAGGACUUCAGUAUCAGGGAAUUAUCCAGUUACUUUUGUAUUUCAGAUGGAAAUGGGUUGGGCUCCUCACUCCAGCCAAUGAAGCUGGCGAACGUUUCUUACAGACUAUUGAGCCAAUGCUUUUCAAGAAUGGAAUCUGUUCAGAAUUCACAGAAAUGACUGAGUACCAUGUGCAUUUCAACAGUAACAUGCUAGAUAUGGUAGAUGAUGUGGUCCACUCAUUCCUGCAGAAGAUCUCAUUCAAUAAUAGUGCUGGUGAUGAAAUUGCAUUAAAUGAAUACGGAGAGUUAGCAACUGGCUUUGAUAUUACAAACUUGGUCACUUUCCAAAAUGGAUCAUAUGUCAGGGUCAAAGUGGGGAGGCUGGAUCCUCAGGCCCCUCCUGGCAAGGAGCUCACCAUUAAUGCAGACAGAAUCAAGUGGCACAGUGGCUUCACUCAGGAACCACCGCUUUCAUUAUGUAAUGCCAACUGCCGUCCUGGUUAUGGGAAGAGAAAGAAGGAGGGGGAGAAGUUUUGCUGUUAUGAUUGUGAUCCGUGUCCACAUGAGAUGUUCUCAAAUGAGAAGGAGAUGGAAAUAUGUGUCAGGUGCCCUGCAGGUCAGUAUCCAAAUGAAGACCAGGAUCAAUGCAUUUCAAAGAGACCAAAUUUCCUGGGCUUUGAUGAAACUUUGGCCAUUGUUUCAACUUUCUCUGUACUUUUAUUCUCUCUGAUCACAAUACUUGUGCUUGGCAUCUUCAUUAAGUACAGGGACACAGCCAUCGUCAAAGCCAACAACAGAAGCCUCACCUACAUUCUCCUACUCUGCCUCCUCUUGUGUUUUCUCUGCUCCUUGAUGUUCAUUGGAACACCUAAGGAGGCAACCUGCCUUCUCCGACAAACAAGUUUUGGCAUCGUCUUCUCUGUGGCCCUCUCCAGCAUCUUGGCCAAAACCAUAUCGGUGGUUUUGGCAUUCAUGGCUACCAAGCCAGGAUCCACAAUCAGGAAAUGGAUAGGCAAAAAACUGGCGUAUUCCAUUGUCCUCUCCAGCUCCAUUGUUCAAGUAGGAAUCUGUGUCUUCUGGCUGGCAACCUCUCCCCCAUUCCCCGAUGUGGACAUGCACUCAAUGACGGAAGAAAUAAUAUUUCUUUGUAAUGAAGGGUCAGUCCUCAUGUUCUACUGUGUUUUGGGCUACAUGGGCUUCCUGGCCACUGUCAGCUUCACUGUGGCCUUCUUAGCCAGAAAGUUGCCGGACAGCUUCAAUGAAGCCAAGUUCAUCACCUUCAGCAUGUUAGUCUUUUGCAGUGUUUGGCUUUCAUUUGUUCCAACUUAUCUGAGCACCAGAGGAAAAUACAUGGUGGCUGUGGAGAUCUUCUCCAUCUUGGCUUCCAGUGCUGGGCUGCUGGGUUGCAUAUUUUCCCCCAAAUGCUACAUUAUUGUGGCGAGGCCCGACCUGAACAACAGAGAGCAACUGAUACGGAGAAAGAUAUAA